AUGGUACCUUCCUGCUUGAACCAACCCAUUUUGACACCUGGACAGGUGUUUCUUGUUGCCCAGAUGGAUCAGGUGUGGAGGAGAGGGAGGUGCGGAGGAGAGGGAGGUGCGGAUGAGGGGGAGGUGCGGAGGAGGGGGAGGUGCGGAGGAGAGGGAGGUGCGGAUGAGGGGGAGGUGCGGAGGAGAGGGAGGUGCGGAGGAGGGGGAGGUGCGGAGGAGAGGGAGGUGCGGAGGAGGGGGAGGUGCGGAGGAGAGGGAGGUGCGGAUGAGGAGGAGGUGCGGAUGAGGGGGAGGUGCGGAGGAGAGGGAGGUGCGGAGGAGAGGGAGGUGCGGAUGAGGGGGAGGUGCGGAGGAGAGGGAGGUGCGGAGGAGGGGGGGGUGCGGAUGAGGGGGAGGUGCGGAGGAGAGGGAGGUGCGGAGGAGGGGGAGGUGUGGAGCAGAGGGAGGUGCGGAGGAAGGGGAGGUGCGGAGCGGAGGGAGGUGCGGAGGGGAGGGAGGUGUGGCGUAGAGGGUGGUGUGGAGGAGGGGGAGGUGCUGAGCAGAGGGAGGUGUGGAGGAGAGGGAGGUGUGGAGGAGAGGGAGGUGUGGAGGAGGGGGAGGUGCUGA